UCCGGAUGAGGCCACGGAACGCGAUCUUGCAAUCCAGCCCCCGAAAGAAACCUCAAGUCGCCACCAGGCUUUCGAUCGCACCGAGGGAGGAGGAAGAAUGGCGGCCGAGGAGGGAGUCGUGAUCGCGUGCCACACCAAGGAGGAGUUCGACAGCCAGUUGAGCAAGGCCAAGGAGGUCGGCAAGCUGGUGAUCAUUGACUUCACUGCCUCCUGGUGUGGUCCUUGCCGCGUCAUCGCCCCCGUGUUUGUUGAAUAUGCCAAAAAGUUCCCUGGCGCUGUCUUCCUGAAGGUUGAUGUUGACGAGCUGAAGGAUGUUGCUGCGGAGUACAAUAUCGAGGCGAUGCCGACCUUCCUCUUCCUUAAGGACGGUCAGAAGAUCGACACUGUCGUCGGUGCCAGGAAGGACACGCUCCAGGAAAGCAUCGAGAAGCAUGUGGCCGCCGCUUCUGCCUCCGCCUAAGGAGACAGCGCCACCAGUCAUCAAUAAGGGCCAGCACACGGCGUGGUAGCAGGAGGCGUCGUAAUUUUCAGUUUGGUUUGGGUGAAUUGUGAGCUACUAUGUCCAACUCUGGAGUCAGGAUGUGUUUGGCUCCCGUGCUGGACCUGUUGUCGUCCUGAAUGCCUGUGUUGAUAUGGAUGCUUUGUGACUGAAGUUUGAAUCCGGGUUGUCUUCGGACUUCACUUCUGUUUUGAGCUUCCGAGUAUGGCUGAAUGUAACACACGAUGCUGGCAACGCUGUGCUUGUUUAUUCGUGGCCCAAGCUGCGGCUA